AUGGUACAAGCAACAAAACAGAAACAGUACAAGCAACAACAAAAACAAGGAAACGGCACAAGCAACAACAGUAUAGGCAACAACAACAACAACAAGGAAGAUUACAAGCAACAGCAACAAAAACAGUACAACCAACAACAAGGAAAAUUACAAGUAACAACAACAAUAGAAACAGUGCAAGCAACAACAAAAACAAGGAAACAGUACAAUCAACAACAACAGAAACAGUACAAGCAACAACAAAAACGAGGCAACAGCACAAGGAACAACAGUGCGAGAAGCAACAACAAGAAGGAACAAAAGUACAAGAAACAACAACGAGAAGGAAAAAGUACAAGAAACCACAACAACAACAACAGGAGAAAAAGUACAAGCGACAGCAACAACAGGGAAACGGAGGAAGAUUCUUCCUAG